CGUUGAAAAUGGAACCUUAAAAUAAAGGUGGUGUUGGAUGCUAUGGAUAUGAGUGGAAAUUGACGUCGGUAGAAUAAACAGGGUAACCUACUAAAGUAGAUUAGGCUACGAAACAUAGAUUGAAAUCACAUGUUCACAGCAGCUGUGUUUUUAAAUACCCAAUUCUGUGCCAAAAUAGCUCGUCACCUUAGCUGCCUUUGAGUGCUUAGAAAAUUAGAUAAUGGGAAACCGCUUCAGUCAGCUUUUGUAUUUUCUGUGGUCAGAAUCAAAUAUGAAAGCCACAGACAUAGCACUGGCGUUAUUGGGCUUCAUGCUUUUCCAUUUCUUUAUGCACAGAAAAAUGAAAGGGCCGCCAAUUUGGCCUCUGCUUGGCAUGAUGCCUUCGUUAGUUCUUCACUUAAAUGAAAUCCACGACUGGAGCACCCGAGUCUUAAAAGACUGCGGGGGAACAUUUUACUUCAAGGGGUUGGCCAUGAGCGGCAUGACCACCGUAAUGACAGCGAACCCGCCCAAUUUGGAACACGUCCUGAACCUCAGAUUCAACAAUUAUCCAAAGGGGCGCUAUUUCCGGGAUGUGGGGCACGAAUUUCUAGGCGACGGCAUCUUUAACGCCGACGGCGAUAUGUGGAAAGCGCAGAGGAAGACGGCCAACAUAGAAUUCAACACUCCGUCUUUCAGAGCGUUUAUGGCCAAGUCAGUGAAAGAGCUGGGGCAGAACCGGCUGGUGCCCCUUCUCGAAGAAACCGCCCGGACCGGUGAUCCAAUUGAUCUGCAGGACGUGCUCCUGCGCUUCACCUUUGAUAAUGUGUGCAUGGUAACGCUAGGAGUCAACCCGGGCUGUUUGGCGGGCGGAGGAGCAGAAGCCAGGGAAUUUGCCCGAGCUUUUGAGGACGCCACGGAGAUCACCAUGUUGAGGUUUUUGACGCCCCCUAGAGUUUGGCGGCUCUUGCGGAUUUUCCAGUUGGGACCCGAGAGGAAGCUCCGCAGGUCUUUGGCUACCGUCAAUGGGUUUGUAGACAAGAUAAUUGGGCCUCGAACACGGAACUCCGGGGCUGGGACCGGGACUGACCUUCUGUCGGUCUUCAUGAAGGUCAAGACGGAGGGCGGUGACCGGCUUUACACAGACGAAAAGUUGCGGGAAAUCACGGUUAAUUUCAUUCUGGCUGGACGGGACACCUCGUCUGUGGCGCUCUCUUGGUUCUUCUGGCUGCUGCUCUGCAACCCACGGGUGGAAGAACACAUCUUGGGGGAAAUUCGGUCCAUCUUGUCGAAAAGAUUUUCGACUGGUUUACUUGAACUUGAAACGAUUCAAGGAUCAAAGGGUUUUCUGAAUGCAGCGAGCCUCAGUUUUACUGUAGAAGACUUGAAGCAGAUGCAUUAUUUGCAUGCGGCACUGUCGGAGUCCCUGCGACUGUUCCCCUCCGUUCCCUUCGACUUUAAGGAAGUGGACUCCGACGACCAGCUGCCGGACGGGAGUUAUUUGAGAAAGGGGUUCAGGCUGGUAUACUCGAUAUAUGGGAUGGGAAGAAUGGAGAGCAUAUGGGGGAAGGAUUGCAUGGAAUUUAGGCCGGAGAGGUGGCUGGACGCCGGUGGGAACUUCGUCAGCGAGUCGGCAUAUAAAUACCCGGUGUUUAAUGGUGGGCCGAGGCUUUGCCUGGGAAAGGACUUUGCUUACUACCAAAUGAAAUGGAUUGCAGCGACUAUCAUUUGGGGGUUCAAGAUGAAGAUGGUGCCAGGACAUGUUGUGGAGCCCAAAUUGGCGCUCACUCUCUACAUGAAAAAUGGGAUGCUGGUCACGUUGCAGCCAAGGGAACCCCUUGGACUGUAAAAUUCCAGUAGAGCAAGAUAGUCUCAGUGCACGUCGGGGCCGCAAACCAAUGCAUAUCCAUAAUACACAAAUAAGGUCUUCCCGUUAUUAGUGCAUUAAUUAAUUUAAUAGUGAACGGUAAGGUUGAGUUUAAUUUAAUAUUGUAUUUAUAAACAUAUGGAAUUGUUUUAGAAAGCUAAGUUUAAUAAGUAGAAGUAUUUGGGUUUUUAUUGUAGAGAAUCAGUUUAAAUUUGGAAAUAGAUAUCUAAUUUAGAACUCUAUGUUAUUAUUUCCUUACUAUAAUUUUUAUGAUAAAAAUUAUUGUCAUUGGAUUGUUGUAACUCUAGGGACACUAAAUAAAGGUUCAAAUUAAUAUUGAAUUU